AUGACAGAUAAACCUGUUCCACCUUUGCCAGCACCACGCACUGAGAUUGCAAUGGCAGGAAAGCGUACCAGCAACAAAGUGAACCUUGUUCUUCUGGGAAUGUCUGGGACUGGAAAGAGUGCGAGUGGAAACACCAUCCUUGGAAAGCCAGUCUUCUUCUCUAGACCCAGUUCAAAGUCAGUCACCAGAGAUUGUGAGAUAGCAGAAACAGAGAUAAAUGGCAAACAUGUGCGUGUGAUAGAUACUCCAGACAUGUUUGAUGAUGAAAUUGAAGAAUCAGUUAAGAACAAAUAUCUAAAACGGUGCAAAGAGCUCUGUGAGUCACACCCUUGUGUGUAUGUACUUGUGAUGCAUAUAAGCAGAUUUACAGAUGGUGAAAGAAACAUACUGAAAAAAAUGGAAAAAGCUUUUGGGAGGAAUGUUAAAGAGCAAAGUGUCAUCCUGUUCACUAAAUCAGAUGAUUUGCAUCGUGCUGGAAAAACGCUGACUGAUGUUCUGCAUAGUUGCCAACCUGAUCUGAAGGAAAUGAUUCAGCAGUUGGGCAACAGAUGUGUUCUCUUUGAGAAUAACAGAUCAGGUUCAGCUCAGGUGGAAAAGCUGCUGGACACAGUGAUCAUGGUGUUAGAAAAACAGCAGAAACUAUAA